CUCUCUCUCUCUCACUUCCGCCCAGGUGAGGGGAGGGGGCGCUCCUGCGUCCCGGAGCCCCACCUUUCCCCGAGCCGGCGCCCGCCUCCCGCACCCAGUCUUCGGGACCGACCAGAUUUCUCUGGUUGAAGAAAACAGUUCAAGAUGCCCGAAAAUCCGGCAGCUAAUAAGCUGCAGAUCCUGCAGGUCCUUGAGAGGCUGCAGAUGAAAUUACACGAGAGAGGGGAUACCUCCCAGCAUGAGAGACUCGUCCUGUUUAGUGAGACCCUGAAGAGCCCCCUCUUCAAUCAGAUCCUCACAAUUCAGCAGUCCAUCAAACAGCUGAAAGGGCAGCUUAGCCAUAUUCCUUCAGAUCGCUCGACCAACUUUGAUUUUUCAAGGAAAGGCUUGCUUGUGUUUACUGACAGCUCAAUUGCUAAUGGGAAUGCCCACACAACCUUUAAUAACUCAGGUGCAGUGUUUCCUUGGACGCCAAGAUCAGGAAAUGAGGAAUUUACUUCUGUUAUCCAACAGAUGGCCCAGGGCAGACAGAUUGAAUAUAUAGACAUAGCAAAGCCAUCCACUGGAGGCCUGGGAUUCAGCGUGGUGACCGUAAGAAAGCCAAACGCAGCCGGCGUUGAUCUCUUCGUGAAGGAAGUCCAGCCGGGAAGUAUAGCAGACAGGGAUCAGCGACUAAAGGAAAAUGACCAAAUCCUGGCCAUCAAUUACACCCUUCUGGACAGGAAUAUGACCCAUCAACAGGCUAUAAGUCUGCUCCAGCAGUGCACAGGAUCUCUGCGGCUGGUCGUCGCCAGGGGUUCGCGACAGUGGCCAAGCCCGAGUUCUACUAACCUGAGCGAUACUCCUCCUCCUCCUCCUCCUCCUGAGAAAAUUUGCUGGGGUCAUAUUGAAGAUGUUGAACUUAUUAACGAUGGCUCCGGCUUAGGUUUUGGAAUUGUCGGUGGAAAAUCGAGCGGCGUUGUUGUGAAGACGAUUGUUCCUGGAGGCUUAGCACAUCGGAAUGGAAAGCUUCAGACAGGAGACUAUAUUUUGAAGAUUGGCAACACAAACGUGCAAGGGAUGAGCAGUGAGCAAGUUGCUCAAGUGCUGAGGAACUGUGGGAAUUUUGUGAGGAUGGUAGUGGCAAGAGACCCCAUCGGGGAAAUUUCAGUGACUCCUCCAACUCCAACAACCUUGCCCGUUGUAGCACUACCAUCUGUGCCUACUUGUAACCAGAGCUCUGUUAACGCAUCUCUUUUUGAUACUUACAAUGUUGAACUCACGAAAAAGGAUGGCCAGAGUCUUGGGAUUACAAUCAUUGGGUAUGCCGGCUCCUCGCAUACAGGAGAUGUCUCGGGGAUUUAUGUGAAAAAUAUCAUACCGGGCAGUGCUGCAGAUCAUAGUGGCCAAAUUCAUAUUAACGACAGGAUAGUUGCUGUGGAUGGAGUAGAUAUCCAGGGUUUCGCCAAUCAGGAAGUUAUUGAGGUUUUGCGCAGGGCAGGAGAUACAGUGCAUCUGACUCUAGUGCGAACAAAAGCGUCAUCUUCACCUCUCCCUCCUGACAGAUCUAUAGAUGAAGCAUCACCCAAAACACCUGCCUUAUUUUUAACGGGAGCUGUGGAGACCGAAACGAAUUUAGAUGAGGAAGAUGAAGUGAAGCAAGAGAAAAAAGCAGCUCAGCUGAAGGAUGAAGAGAAGCCAAAGCUGUCAUCACAGCCAUUAGAUACUGUUCCUGGCUCCCUGGAAAAUGAGCUGAAAUCCAAGUGGGAAAACCUGUUGGGUCCCGAUUAUGAAGUAAUGGUUGUCAUUUUGGACACACAGAUCAUUGAUGAUGCUGAGUUACAGAAGUUUUCAAAGCUGCUGCCGAUCCACACUCUGAGGCUGGGAGUGGAACUGGACUCCUUCAACGGGCACCAUUACAUUUCUUCCAUCAUGCCUGAUGGGCCAGUGGCCCCACUCAACGUGUUGAAGCUGGAGGAUGAACUGCUGGAGGUCAAUGGCGUUCAGCUCACUGGAAAAUCCCGCAGAGAGGCAGUGUCAUUUCUGAAAGAAGUGCCCCCUCCCUUCACUCUGGUCUGCUGCAGGCGGCUCUUUGAUGAAGAGACCUUUGGGGAUGAAGCGAGCGUCACCGAUGUUGUCAUCACUGAACCAAAGGUUGACCCCAAUGAAGAAGUUCAAAUUAAUGAUGAUGAAGACGAUGGGGAACUGGCUCUCUGGUCCACUGAGGUGAAGACAAUUGAGUUAAUUAAAGGUGUCGAUGGCUUGGGAUUCAGCAUUUUGGACUACCAGGAUCCUUUAGACCCGACCCGGACUGUGAUUGUGAUCCGCUCUCUGGUAGCCAACAGUGAAGCUGAACGUGGUAGGGAAUUAUUGCCGGGGGACCGCCUGGUCUUUGUCAAUGAUCGUUCCUUGGAGGAUAUCACGCUCACUGAAGCUGUGGAAGUUCUAAAGUCUCUGCCUCCGGGCAGAGUGACCUUGGGCAUCUGCAAGCCUUUGGUGGUUGAAGGUAAUGAGGAGAAUGCGUGUAUCUCACAACCAACUGCUUUUCAAGAAACACCGGAUUACUCAGGACCCAUGGAGGCAAUGGACUCCCCUCUGAUCUUGGAAGCUCCCUCGGAAUUCCGAGAUGAUUCCUUCCUUCGUGAAGAGGACUUGGAGGAGCCUUUCAUUGACUUGGGAAGGACAUUCCACGGACAGUCCAAAGAAAUCGACAGUACUCAAGAGGCGUGGGAGAUGCACGCUUUCCUGAAGCCCAGAGCACCGGAAAUGGGAGAAGAGAGAGAGAUGCUGGUGGAUGACGUGUAUGACUUCCAGGAUAUCUUUCAGAACAUGGAUCUGUAUUCUUCAACACUGGGCAAGAAGGAUCAUCCUCUCUCUGCAGGCCAGGAUUUUCACUUUGGCACCCAGUGGCUAAGUCAUCCGGCAGCCUAUGAAGCUCAUGAUCUGAGAUCUAUGGUGCACCCGACUUCCCAAGAGCUAGCCCAGAACAGAUACAACAGUGAAGCAAUGAUCAAUGAGAAUUUUGGGAAUGCUUCCCUGUCCGUCAUCACUUCCUCUGAAGGCGACAUGUGCCAAGGCAUUUUUGGUGACCUUAACAACUCUGAAUCCAUCACAAAUAGCGGCUUGGAUUUAGGCCGGAGGAUGGCAAGUGCUUCAGAAGGCCCCGAAAUGCUGGUUGAUCUCCCUGCAGUGGUCCAAGGGAGCAAGGGGGAGGACGUGCCAGUCUAUCGGCUGCCCCACAAGCGAGGGCUCCUCAAGACCGGAGUGCUACCAUCUAAAUAUGCCGCAGAGACAUGUGAUUUGCCAGAGAGAGAAGAAGGUGAAGGAGAAGAGACUCCAAACUUCAGUCACUGGGGUCCACCUCGAAUCGUGGAGAUUGUGCGAGAAGCCCACGAGUCUCUUGGGAUCAGUAUCGUGGGUGGGCAGACGGUGAUCAAACGUCUGAAGAACGGAGAAGAGCUGAAAGGCAUCUUCAUCAAGCAGGUCCUCGAGGAUAGCCCAGCUGGGAAAACCAAGGCUCUGAAGACUGGAGACAAGAUCCUGGAGGUGUCAGGUGUUGAUUUGCAAAAUGCAACCCACCAGGAAGCUGUGGAAGCCAUCAAGAGUGCGGGAAACCCCGUUGUUUUUGUUGUGCAGAGCUUAUCCUCCACACCCAGGGUAAUCCCACCUUUGACUUCCAAGACCAGCCAUCCUCCCAAAACCCAGCAUCGAGAAAAAGAAGAUAGAAAAGAAAAGAGAAGGGGAGGUGCACCCCCUCCGAUGAAACUGCCGCCUCCUUACAGGGCUCCUGCUGAGGACAGCGACCAUGAUGAUGACGACCAGACCGAAUUAACUGAGGAAAAAAUCCGGCAGAGGUAUGCCGAUCUGCCUGGAGAGUUGCAUAUCAUUGAGCUGGAGAAAGAAAAGAAUGGGCUUGGUCUCAGCCUUGCCGGGAACAAAGAUCGUUCUCGGAUGAGCAUCUUCAUUGUGGGGAUUCACCCGGAUGGUCCUGCCGGCCGAGAUGGGCGCAUGCACAUCGGCGAUGAGCUUUUAGAGAUAAACAAUCAGAUAUUGUAUGGAAGAAGUCACCAAAAUGCAUCUGCCAUUAUCAAGACAGCCCCAACCAAGGUCAAGUUGGUUUUCAUAAGAAAUGAAGAUGCAGUCAAUCAGAUGGCUGUUACACCUUUUCCUUUCCCAGUCAGCUCUCAGUCUUCUAUUGAGGAUCAGAGUGGUCCAGAAGCCAUAAGCAAUGAAGAAGAAACCAAUACUGAAGUUGAUCUAAAGCAAUUAUUACCAGAAAGUGACCGUAUCCAAUUGGACGAGGCGCCCCAGAUAGUCGACCAUAUUCUGGCAGCAGAUGAAGCCAAGGGCGGAGAACCCCUUCCUGACACUACUGCCGGCCAGGUGAAACAACCCAAAUACUCUACUAAAAAGCCCAUUGGCUCCGAGGAGAUCUCUCUGGCACCCUCUUCCUCGUACUGUUCCACAGACAUGGAGUUCGCAGGCUACGGUGUUUUGCAGAUUCCAUUGUCGGUGGACCCAGCCACAUGCCCUAUCGUCCCUGGACAAGAAAUGAUUAUAGAGAUCUCCAAGGGACAUUCUGGCCUUGGUCUCAGCAUUGUAGGAGGAAAAGAUACUCCGCUGGAUGCUAUAGUGAUUCAUGAAGUAUAUGAAGAAGGAGCAGCAGCCAGAGAUGGAAGACUUUGGGCUGGUGACCAGAUUUUAGAGGUUAAUGGUAUCGAUCUGAGGAAUGCCAGCCACGAGGAAGCCAUUACCGCCUUGAGGAAAACACCCCAGAAAGUGCAGUUGGUUGUUUAUAGGGAUGAAGCACAUUACAAAGAUGAAGAAAAUUUGGAGAUUUUCCCCGUGGACCUUCAGAAGAAAACGGGCCGAGGACUGGGCCUAAGCAUCGUUGGGAAACGAAACGGAAGCGGAGUCUUUAUCUCGGACAUUGUGAAAGGAGGGGCUGCUGACCUGGAUGGGAGAUUGAUUCAGGGAGACCAGAUCUUGUCUGUGAACGGAGAGGACAUGAGGAGCGCGUCCCAGGAGACGGUGGCCACUGUGCUCAAGUGUGCUCAAGGCCUUGUGCAGCUGGAGAUCGGAAGGUUAAAGGCUGGUUCUUGGUUCUCAUCAAGGAAAACCUCUCAGAACAGCCAGAAAAGAGAUUCAGCGGGGCCGCCGGCUCUCUCCCAUUGCCUUUCCGAGGGAACGGGCCAGACUGAGACUGCAGCAGCCAGAGAAGGACCCGAGAAGCUUUUGAUUUCCCGGGUCAAACAGAACCAGAAGACGGGUCUAUCCAGUGUCCGCAACAGUUUUCCUCCUUCCCUGGCUCCCGUCAUCACCAGCUUGCAAAACCUGGUUAGCACCAAGAGGACCUCGGACUCUUCCCAGCGAAACUCAGCAGGAGCUGAUGUGGGCCCAAGAACUGUAGAGAUCAUAAGGGAGCUGAACGAUGCCCUGGGGAUCAGCAUAGCAGGGGGAAAGGGCAGCCCGCUGGGAGAUAUUCCCAUCUUUAUCGCCAUGAUUCAAGCCAGCGGAGUUGCAGCACGUACACAAAAGCUCAAGGUUGGGGACCGGAUUGUCAGCAUUAACGGGCAACCUCUGGAUGGACUGUCUCACGCUGAUGUUGUUAAUCUACUCAAGAAUGCUUACGGGCGCAUUAUUCUGCAGGUAGUAGCUGAUACUAAUAUCAAUGCCAUUGCAACUCAGCUGGAAAGCAUGUCUGCCAGCUACUACCUUGGUUCCCUGGACGGCGACCAUCACCCAGAAGACCCAGAAACUCCUCAGCCGAAGAUGAUUGCUCUGGAGAAAGGCACUGACGGGCUGGGCUUCAGUAUUGUCGGGGGUUAUGGAAGCCCCCACGGUGACCUGCCAAUUUAUGUCAAGACCAUAUUUGCAAAGGGAGCAGCUGCAGAUGAUGGGAGGCUGAAGCGUGGGGACCAGAUCUUGGCUGUCAAUGGGGAGGCCCUGGAAGGCGUGACUCACGAGCAAGCUGUGGCCAUCCUGAAGCGUCAGAGGGGGACUGUGACCCUGACUGUGCUGUCCUGAGCUGCGGCAUGCCACGGCAAAGUCACCGAAUCUCCGUCCCAAGGCACAGUCCUGGCUGGGAUGAAAACCAAGCACCAGUUAACAUUAGUCCUCAGUCUGAUCAGUGUCUCCUCUAGGCUCAGAAAAGAGCACGUUUCCUCUCCCUGCAGAGAGAAAUCCUCUCUGACCAUCGUCAUCAUCAUCAUCGUCAUCUCUCACUCUCUUUUUUCCCCUCAUCCUCUUCCUCUUUCUCCCCUCAUGAUGUGGUGAAUUUCUCCAACUGAAAUAAACUCUGGUCUUCCUCCCUUCCCUACUGAAUGGUCAGCUCCUCAUCCCUGAUCCCCCUUCUAGCAGCUGCACCUGGAAUUGCAAACACAGGAUGGAUGGCGUCGUCAGAACCCGGCCGAUAAGCAGAAACAAACAUGGAGUGACUCAUCAUCUCUGUCUUGAUUUACUAAUGCUAAUCAUUUUUUCCAAGGAGGAAACUGUGGUAUAAUUAAAUUACCAGCAGUCUAAAGGAUAAAAUAGCAAAUUCUCCUAUGGGACUUUUAUCUGUGCUCUUCUCAUUAAGUCUUUACUAUUGAAACAUGGCUCCAAUUUGGUCUUUGUGAGUUAGUCUUUGAUGGUUAUAAUGAGUCAAUUUGCGAGCUUGAAGACAAAGAUACGGACAAUCUUCUGAAAACCAUCCCCCAGUUGUUUUCUGAGCCGGGUUCUGAAGACCACUUCUGAGAUGCGCCUUUGGGAGAGAAGACCAUUUCCCCAAAUAAGCUGUUUUGUUCCACUGGAGCAGUUCAGAUUCAUGUUCUGAAGGUCAACAAGAAAGAAUCAUAUUGGGGUUCCCAGAGUUCCCCUGGAACCAGCACGUUUCCACCGACCCAUCCUGGGAGAGAGGGCUUUCCAGUCUGCAGCCCUUGGACAGCUCUGAGGGAGCCGUAUCCGGUGGUGGCAGGUCAGCCGCUGGGCCCAGUUGCCUUCCCUUUCUAGGGAGGACAGGGCCAGAAUUCUUAUUCUUUCUGUUCUCUUCACGUGAGCCAUUCUGUCUGAGCAGAUUGUGAGGACCGGAAUCAAGGGAUACAUGAUGCCACCAAUCGACUUCAUAAGUGAGCUGGGGACGGGAGGGGAGGGCAAUCAUGCUUUGCUCCAGUCUUCUAGCUCCAGAGAGGCUACUCCAUUGCAAGAGAGCUGCACGCCACGGAAUGCAAAUUCAAAAACAAAAACACAAAAAAUGGGAAAGUCUUUCAAACUAGUCCUGUACGUUAUUAGCACAGGGCUGGGGGGAGGUGGGAGGCUGCUUGCCUGUCGAUGCUCUUGGCUGCCUGUCAAGCUCUAUAAUAAGUGUAUUAGAAAGAAUAAGUACCGAGGUCAGUGAUUAGCGUUAUUUAACCAUAACACGAUUUUGUAAAUGGUCAGAAAGUCAUAAAAAGCAAAUUUUAUGGGCUCUAAUUUAAAAUGUUAUUUAAUAAGGAUAGAUUUUAAUGGAAAAUCCUCUUUGAAUCUAUGUAAUCACAAAGUGCAUUAACAUGUUGGAAUAUUACAUGGCUAUUCCAAAGCAUAGAGUGCCUGAAUUUUAUGUCUGAAAUGUCUUUGGUAUUUGGCGUUGAUUGCUUUUCAAACUUUUAAUGAAUUUCUGGCCGCGCAGUGUUACUAGGAACCCACUGCUCACUGCAUGAAGAGCAACAAAUUCGGGAUCCUCCGGGAUCCACAGAGACCCUCUAGCAGCUGGGCAGGCCUGAAACUAGAUAUGCACCUUGAAGAAAUCACACUGGAAAAUGGGACCUUGGCAGUUUUUCUCCUGACUAGGAUGGACUGACUGCCCAAGGCACCUUUGGGACACUGCAGGGUCUUGGGUUCCAUCCCUUUCCACUCACAUCCUCCUCCUUUUAUGUGUAUCCCAGUAAAAGGAAAAUAUAAGGAAAGGAGACCCUUUGCCCUUGUCCCAUUGUCCGGGAUGGGUGGGGCUCCUGCUUCUUGUAACUUGCACUUUCUGUGUUAUGUACCUGCCAAAAAUUAAAAAAAAAAAAAAAAAUCCAUUGCAACUUUCCAA